GGGAAAAAGAGAUCGAGGCAGUUGCUUCGCUCUCCCGCCUCGUCAGAUGCUUGGAGUAGUAGACAUGGUGCUGCGCCCGUCGCGUUCGGCGGUGGCGGCGGCGGCGGUGUUGCUGGCGGCGACCGGCUUCGUCGCCCUGUGCAGCGCCGGCUCCGGCGGGGGCAUCGCCGUCGAUUCAGGUCCCCUAGCCCGAUCGCCGGACCGGACCCUGUGUUCCCAGCUCAUCGAGCCCGCCGGCUAUCCUUGCGCCGAGCACACCGUCGAAACGAAGGAUGGUUACUUAUUGGCCCUUCAACGCGUCUCAUUCGGCAACAGAGAAUUCGGGGCAGAAGGGGCUCCUCCUGUUCUGCUUCAGCACGGGCUUUUCAUGGCAGGUGAUGUGUGGUUCCUAGAUUCUCCAGUCCAAUCAUUAGGCUUCAUCCUAGCAGACCAUGGUUUUGACGUCUGGGUUGGAAAUGUGCGUGGAACACGUUGGAGUCAUGGGCAUGUGUCUUUGUCAGAGAAAGAUAAGGAUUUUUGGGAUUGGAGUUGGGAAGAAUUGGCACUGUAUGACCUUGCAGAGAUGAUACGCUAUAUAAGUUCGAUAACCAGCUCCAAAGUUUUUCUUGUUGGACAUUCGCAGGGAACAAUCAUGUCAUUGGCUGCUUUAACUCAGCCAGCCAUAGCAGAAAUGGUAAAAGCAGCUGCCCUUCUAUGUCCAAUAUCAUACUUGGGACAUGUCAGUGCUCCUCUUGUUCUUCGAAUGGUCAGCAUGCAUCUUGAUCAGAUGGUUGUUGCAAUGGGAAUUCAUCAACUCAACUUCAGAAGUGAAAUCGGAGUCAACCUUUUGGAUUCUGUGUGCGACGGACACAUAGAGUGCAAUGACUUGCUGACUUCCAUAACAGGGAAGAAUUGUUGUUUCAAUAACUCACGAGUGGACUUCUAUUUGGAGUAUGAACCUCACCCAUCAUCCUCGAAGAACUUGCGCCAUCUUUUUCAAAUGAUCCGCAAGGGUAGUUUUGCCAUGUAUGACUAUGGAUUUUUCAAGAACAUGAAGAUGUAUGGUCAGUUGAAACCUCCAGCAUUCGAUCUUAAAAGCAUCCCGCAAACGUUGCCAUUGUGGAUGGCUUAUGGAGGCAAUGACGCGUUAGCAGACGAGGCGGAUCUCCAGCUCACUCUUGAAGAAUUGCAGUCCAAGCCGGAGUUACUGUAUAUAGAGAAAUAUGGUCAUGUAGACUUCAUUGUGGGUUUGAAGGCAAAGGAAGAUGUUUACGACCAUAUGAUUGAAUUCUUUACGUCGUUUGGAAAAUCGUUGAGUUCUUGAACUGAAUGACUCCUACGAGUUGUAAGUACACAAUAUAUCAGAAAUAUGCGAAAGAAGUAUAAGUUGUAUAUCCUUCCUCAUCUUUGUACAGCUGACGAGGCCAGUAUGUUUAAACAAAUGCUGGAUGAUUAAGUUCAAGCGAAAUGCAUGCUAGUUGAAAUUAA